CCCGCACGCAGGGUGCGCAGGCGGGCGCCGUUUACGACGGGCCGGAAAGUAGUGCCGCCGCCAGGGCCGGGCCGCUAUGGGGAAGAUCGCGCUGCAGCUCAAAGCCUCGCUGGAGAAUGUCACCAAGCUCCGGCCUGUGGGCGAGGACUUCCGGUGGUACCUGAAGAUGAAGUGUGGCAACUGUGGUGAGAUCUCAGAGAAGUGGCAAUACAUUCGACUCAUGGACAGCGUGGCACUGAAGGGAGGCCGUGGCAGUGCCUCCAUGGUCCAGAAGUGCAAGCUGUGUUCGAGGGAAAACUCCAUCGAGAUAUUGAGCAGCACCAUCAAAUCAUACAAUGCUGAAGACAAUGAGAAGUUCAAGACAAUUGUAGAGUUUGAGUGUCGGGGACUCGAACCAGUUGAUUUCCAGCCCCAGGCUGGGUUUGCUGCUGAGGGUCUGGAAUCCGGUACAGUCUUCAGUGACAUUAAUCUGCAGGAAAAGGACUGGACUGAUUAUGAUGAAAAGACUCAGGAGUCUGUGGGAAUCUAUGAGGUCACCCACCAGUUUGUGAAGUGCUGAACCGUCUUCCUGCACAUCUGUCUCUAGGAACUGAGAAGGAACAUGUUCCAAGCAAAAGAGCCCACUGACUUAGGUUCCUACAUCCCUUGUCUCUUGGCAACUAUCCCAGCCCUCACAACUUGCAUGCUGGGCUCUGUCACAGCUUCCCAAGCCCCAUCAAUAAAGCCCAUUUGUGUAGCACUGAUGCCUGAAGGCAGUAUCAGUGGCCAUAUCCUCCACAAAUAAGAAUUCAGGUUUGCUUCCUGGCGUCCUACACUAUUAAAAAUCUUAUGUUUGAUCCAAUUUGUAAAAUAUGGAGGAGUCUACAGCUUCUAAGGGCUUUCCAGCUUUGGGGGAGCAGGCAGUCAUAAAUCCAGAGUUGUCAACCCAAGGUGUCAAGGCCAUUGGUGCAAAAGGCAGCUGAGCCUGUGGAAUGAUGCCACGAGCCUGGUAGUCUUGGGCCAAACACUGCAUUGACCAGAGCUUGGCUUUCAAGUAAACUCGGGCAUCUCUCUUAGUUGGUGUCACCAUAUAUUCCAGGACUAAAACAGAUUUUAAAGGUCAAGCAGUCUGGUUCUGGUGUGAAUCUGCUACAGAACUGCCUAAUGAUCAUGAGGAUACUGCUCACUUGCUGUGAUCAGCACCCUCUCCCACCAGGGGAGUCAAUAUAAAGUGCUCCAGUUUGCUAGGUUACCUUCUUGGCUCCCUGUAGUAACUCCUGGUCCUGGUUUGUCCCCUGUAGCCACACUUCUUGUGUUCUGCUUCCAAACAGCUCAUGGAGACAACAGUCAUGGGCCUGGAUCCCUAGCCAGAGAUGUUCACUGCACAGUUAGGACAUGAGGGCAUACGCAUGCCUUCACACUGGUGAAUCCACCAUUUGGAAACCUGUUACAAGAUUUUCUGUAAUGUUCUGCUGAAUCUGGAAUUGUUUGGAAGUAAAAAUAUCUUCACUUUCUGAGUGGUCCACUAGAAAAGGAUCUUCCUAGUGGCUGGUUGCAGGGCAUUAGAAAGGGGAACCUCAGAUUUUGGGGAAAGCUGGCAUGACUAAGCGUGGUGAAGUACCUACCUUGUCACCUCUACAGUCUGACGGCCACAUUGUACUUCCUCUAUGUCCCCCAUGUUCCUGGCCCCUGCACCUGUCAGAGCACAGCUUCUUUUGCCCUCCCUCAGCCAGCACAUCUACCAGCCACCCCAUACUGGGUCCAGUCCACACUCCAGCCUGGAAGGAAAUAAGUAGAAACAGGCUGGUUAAGCAACCUUUCUGGUUUUUUUUAGUUUCUAUAUCAACCAGUGUGUGUUAAGCUUAUAAAGACAAACACUAAAAGGAUCUUAGGGUUUUCUUUAUAGUUUAAAUUAUUUUCUCAUCUGUCAGCAGGUAGAGGAAUUCAAAUAAUCAUUAACAGAUUAAAGGAGAAAUAGAGCAUAUUAAUAGAUGGAGAAAAAGUAUUCAGUGAAGUUCAAUACUCAUUCAACAAAAACAAACCAUAGAAACAACAAACUAGGAGUAGAAAGGACCUACCCUCCCCUCACAAAACUAUCUACAGAAAAUCCCAAACAAAUGCUGUUUUUCAUAAAUGAUGAAAUGUUUGAGGUAUUCCACUUAUGAUCAGAGGAGAUGAGACACCCUCAGUCACUGCUAUUCAUUGUACUGGAGGUCCCACCUAGUGUGGUAAGACAAAAAGGUGAAAGAAGUAGAAAAAGGAAGAUACGAUGAAUUUUUUUUGUGGUUUUUCCACUUAGAAAAUCCAAAAGCAUUAACAGAUGCUGGAUUUAGGAUCGAUACACAGAAAUGAAAUAUAGACAGGCAACAUGCAAAAUUUAAAAGGGGUACCAUUUAUAAUGGCAACAAAAAUGUACCCACAAAAGUAACUAGAAAUUAAAGCUAUUAAAGCUAUCAAGGUGUUAAGUAAAUGGAGACCCUUACUAUUAUUGCUGGAUAGGAGUAUCUGACACAGAGAUCAAGUGUAUUGUCAAGUGUAUUGAGUUAGAUUCUUGUUGAAAUCUUACUCCUGGGGCCUCCCUGGUGGCGCAAGGGGUUAAGCAUCACACUAUGAAGCAAUCUGCAGCCUCUGCAGCACGAGUUCGAUCUCCAGCCAGGGAGAUGACCCACAUGGCACAGCAGACCUCUCCUGUCCCGCCCGCUGCUCCCCUCAGCAGUGUAUUUCAGUCAGUCUGCCUGUUCUGCUCCCCACUCUGUCUCUGGUGAAUCCUCUGAAUCCUCUCACCCCCCGCAUCUCUGGCCUGUACCCCUGCUCUUGUGUGCAUAAAUAAAUCUUUAAAAAAAAAAA